ACUUUUGCUAUUUUGCUACCAAAUUCUUGCUAAAUUUUUGCGGUUUCGUGCGGUUUGUGCUUCGUUUGGGACUUUAACAACAGUUUUUCAAGACCAAAAUCAGGUAAAUCAGAAAUUGAGGAGAUGUUUUCAGAAGGGGCAAUGAGUGUAGUAGAGAGUGAGGUGAUGCCCUUGGAGUAUGGUGGCAUGGACUCGGAGAGUAGUCCGUCUCCAUCUAGUUUGAAGAAGACAGUGGAGGAAAGGAGGGAGCGGGGGGUAGUGGAGGAGGAAGAAGAAAUUCCCUCAAAUAUUAUGGAGGUUGAGGGUAAUGUGGGUAGGUGUUAUGACCCCGAAUUAGACAUAGUGUCUGAGGUGAGAGGGUAUGCGAGUGAAUUGGGUAGUAGGAGUAGCUUUAGGGGGCUAGUAAAUAACUGUAACCUUCCUCAUCAUGUGUUGAUUAGGCCUGCCGGGGUGAAUGAGAGAGCAUGCUCAGCACCCCGAGACUAUUGGAUGCCAAUGUAUGUUAGGGAUGGCAAUUUGCCCCGAUCCCCGUGGGGCCCCGUGGGGAUCCUCGUCACGGGGACGGGGCGGGGAGGAAUAUUCCUCCACGCGGGGAGGGAUGCUGAAGUAGAACAAUUGUCUGCUUGGAAAGCUAAGAAAACCAAGCAUAACAAUUAUAAGUUGAACGAGGAUGAAGUGGAAGAAGUAGGGAAGCUGGUGAGAGAAGAAGGGGAGUUAGUGGAUAUCAUGUACCUUACCAACGCAGAGGCGAUAAAGGCUGUCGAGCUCUAUGGGCCAAGCUCAUUGAGCGAAGUUGAGAUGGAUGGCUUUCUAAACGCUGCUGAGGGGCUAGCUAUCCCAAAGAAGCCAAGGAAGAAGUCAAAGACUUCAACUACGGUAGAAAAGGGGGCAGCAGCGAGGGAGCGGCUAUCCAGCACUUCUGCCCGGGCUUUGGAGAUGCAACAAAGGCCAAAGCCUAUAAGGAGAAGCAAGCCAGAAGCUAGGGGAGAUGAGGUGGUUGAGUUUGUGCCUCGACCUCCUCUUGCUAAAGUUGAUCCUGAAGUGAGGGAGAGGGAGGAGGCUGAGGUGCGAGGCCCUGGCAAAGGCAAGGAGCUCAUCCCUCCCCCUUCGUUCCAGAAGAGCUUGUUCAAUGCAACCAACAUCACUGGGGCAAAGCGGUUCCUGAAUGCCAUUCUUCCUAAGGUGGAUAAAAGGCAGGCGAGGGAAGAGGCGAGUGCAAGCUGGGUUAACGCUUUAGCGCAAGAGUAUGCGGAAAGCGUGAGAGAUCGUUCUAGCUUGCAGAGGCAGUGUGAGGAGUUGCUAAAAGAGAAGAAGGAGCUGCAGAAGAAGAAUAAAAAAAUGCAGAGGAAACUGGAUGAAGUUCUGCCAUCAAUAACCAAACUUCAGACUGACAGAGAUACUUUGAGCACGAGACUUGUCUUCGAAGAGCGUAAAAGGAAGAUUUGCGAAGACAAGAUUGAGGCUCAAGACAAAUAUAUUGAGAAGAUGAACAAAGGGAUGGCUAAACUAAAGAAGAAUGUGGAUUUUCUGGUUCACAACGGGAUGGAGGAGCACAUUGGCAACUUCCUCAACUCCAGCACUUUUGAAAACAUCGUCAACCUCUAUCAGCUGCCAACCAUAAUUUUGGCCUUCACCAACUGUAGAAAGAAGGUGAAGGCUCAGUACCCGGAAGUGGACGUCACUACGGUCACCUUUGGUGAACAAGAAGAAGUAGUGGAGGAGGACGAUGAGAGUCUCUCUGCUAACUUCCGGCCUCUGAUCAAGCUGAGGUGGGAGCGUGAUGUAGAGGGACGCAUUAUCUUUCCUCCAGCCUUUGAUGCUGAGCUGGUGGCUGUAGAGGAAGAAGAAGAGGCGUAAGGUGCUGGAGUGGAGAAUCAGGUAGACCCGGCCGAAGCUCAGCCUCCCAUAGUUCAUCCAAUUUCCUUGGACGGAAUGCAAUUAGCUCCUCCUAAAACAGAAGUGCCACCUCUGCCAGCUGGGGAUAAGCCACCUUAACCACCUCUUCCUGUUGAGGAGCAGCCUCCUCUUCCAACAGAAUAGCUUAGGAUUUUAUAUUUUUUUAGUUAUCUUUGUAAUGAACAUUUUUGUAAUAGAUUUUUUACUAAUUU